UUUUUUUUUCUGUACUUUAUAUAUACACAUACCAUCUACGCGUUUCUCAUCAUACAACUAUGGCUUUACGUGUCCCCAAAAGUACUCUUCCUCAACUAUUCAGAGAAGGUUAUAAGAUCCAACAAGGUGUAGAUGAAGCUGUUUUACGCAACAUUGAAGCUACUCAUGAACUUUCUGAAGUUGUCCGAACUUCUAUGGGUCCCAAUGGUCGAAAUAAGAUGAUCAUCAACCAUCUUGAAAAGUUAUUUGUCACCAAUGAUGCCGCCACUAUUAUUCGAGAACUAGAAGUGAUCCAUCCUGCUGCUAAACUGUUGGUGAUGGCCUCUCAACAACAAGAAUCUGAAUUAGGAGAUAAUACUAACUUUGUCAUUGUGUUUGCUGGUGCUCUUUUACAAAAGGCUGAACAUCUUUUACGUCUUGGUCUUCAUCCUUCAGAGAUUGUUCAAGGUUAUGAACUUGCUCGUGACCGUGCUCUUGACAUCUUGCCUGAACUUUCGGUGGGAAAAAUUGAAGAUUUGUUUUCAAAGGAAGAAUUGAAAAAGGCCAUUCGAUCAGCCAUUAGUGCCAAACAAAUUGGUUAUGAAGACUUACUAGGUGAUCUUGUUGUAGAAGCUGCCUGCAAUAUUAUGCCCAAGAACCCCAAAGAUUUCAAUGUUGACAAUAUUCGAGUGGUCAAGGUAAUGGGUUCUAGUAUUUAUGAAUCUAGAGUGGUAAAGGGUAUGGUAUUUGGUCGUGAACCUGAAGGUGUUAUUCAAAAUGCUGCUAAAGCCAAAGUGGCCAUCUUUACCUGUCCUCUUGAUAUUGCUCAAACUGAAACCAAAGGAACUGUUUUGAUCCACAAUGCACAAGAAAUGUUGAAUUUCAGCAAAGAUGAAGAAAAGCAUAUGGAAAAGAUUUUCCAAGAACUCGCUGACGCUGGUGUGAAGGUGGUAGUGACUGGUGCCGGUAUUGGUGAAUUGGCCUUACAUUAUUUGAAUCGAUUUAAUAUCAUGGCUGUUAAAGUCCUUUCCAAGUUUGAUCUUCGUCGCUUAUGUCGAGUGGUUGGCGGUACUGCAUUGGCUCGUUUGGGUGCCCCUAUGGCUGAAGAAAUGGGUUAUUGUGAUGUAGUAGAAACUGUUGAAAUUGGUAGUGACCGUGUGACUGUAUUCCGUCAAGAACAAAGCGAACAAUCACGUACAACCACCAUUGUGAUUCGUGGUGCCACUCAAAACCAUAUGGAUGAUAUUGAACGGGCUAUUGAUGAUGGUGUCAAUGUCAUCAAGGCUGUUACUCGUGAUGGUCGUCUAUUACCAGGUGCUGGUGCGGUGGAAAUGGAACUUAACAAACGUCUUCAAACUGUAGCUGCAAAGACUCCUGGUUUAAAUCAACAUGCUAUUAAGAAGUUUGCUGAAGCUUUAGAAGUGAUUCCUCGUACUUUGUGUGACAAUGCUGGUAUGGAUGCUACUGCUACCUUGUCUCGUUUAUAUGCUGCUCAUUAUCAAGAAUCUGAAUCUGGUGCUACUAUUGGUGUAGAUGUUGAAAAUAACAAUGAUGGUACUUUGGAUGCUGUGAAGGCCAAUAUUUAUGAUAUCGUUGCUGCCAAAUAUUGGGCUCUCAAGUUAGCUGCUGAUACUGCGAUCACUAUUCUCAGAGUAGAUCAAAUCAUCAUGUCCAAACCUGCGGGUGGACCCAAACCUCCCAAACAACAAGGUCACUGGGAUCAAGAUUAAAAAGGAGAUGGACUCAAGAAGAUGGAUGGAUUACAUUAUUCAAUUUUUUUAUAUAUACUCGUUCUUUUCCUCUUUUUUUUUUAUAUAUAUAUCUCCCUGUUUCAUUUACAUUGUGUCACGUAGAUCAUAGUUCCCUCUCUUUUUUUUUCGUUAUUUAUGUCUAUUUUGCAAAUAUCACUCAAAUAAAAAAAAAAAAGGAAAAAAAAUAGUAUAAUACAAACAGG